CGAGGGGGGAUCCAAGGAUGUCCCUGUCUCAGUGCCCGACACCAUCACGGAGUGGAAAGCUGGGAUGUUCUGCACAGCCGAGGUGGGCUUUGGGCUCUCACCCACGGCCACCUUCAUGGCCUUCAAACCAUUCUUUGUGGAGCUGGCCUUGCCGUACUCCGUGAUCCGGGGAGAGGCCUUUGCCCUAAAGGCCACCGUCUUCAACUACCUGCGGCAGUGCAUCAAGGUGCAGCUGACGCUGGCGGAGUCUGCACAGUUCCAGGUGCAGGCGAGCGACGACGGCGCCUACACCAGCUGCCUCUGUGCAGACGAAGGGAAAACCUUCCAGUGGGAGGUGACGGCGAGCAGCCUGGGGGAGGUGAACUUCACCGUCAGCACCGAGGCUCUGCGCACUGAGGAGCUGUGCGGCAACGAGCUGGCUGUGGUGCCGGCCCAGGGCCGAGUGGACACCGUGAUAAAGCCCCUGCUGGUCCAGCCUGGCCCCGUGUAUACAAUGCUCCCUGCAGAGCUCGUCACACCGGCUCUCUGGGGCCAGGAGAGGGAUGGACUCCCACAGGCAGGACCCUCUGCUGAGAACCCCCAGCCCUCGCCUUCAAGGGCACCGUCAGAAGAAAUCUCCUUGCAGCUGCCUGCGAACAUCCUGGCGGGGUCCGAGCGGGCCCACGUGACUGUUCUGGGAGACAUAAUGGGCACAGCUCUGCAGAACAUAGACCGCUUGCUGGCCAUGCCCUAUGGCUGCGGAGAGCAGAACAUGGUCCGGUUCUCUCCCAACAUCUACAUUCAGCAGUACCUGGAGAAGAGCGGGCAGCUGAGCCCAGAGAUCAGAGACAAGGCCAAGGGUUUCCUCCAGAGCGGCUACCAGCGCGAGCUGCUCUACAAACACAACGACGGCUCUUACAGCGCCUUUGGGGAGAGCGACGCCACGGGCAACACCUGGGGCGGCGUGGUGGACGAGCUCUCUCUCUCGGCUUACAUCACAGCAGCGCUGCUGGAGCUGGGGCAGCCGCUCACGGACCCCAUGGUGACCAGGGCCCUCCAGUGCCUCCGGGAGUCGAGCACCAGUGACCUCUACACGCAGGCGCUGCUGGCCUACGCCUUCGGGCUGGCGGGGAGCACUGAGCUGAGGGACACCCUGCUGCAGCGCCUGGCCCAGCACAGCGUCAGCGCCGGGGGACAGCUGCACUGGCAGAGGAAGGUGAAGGCCCUGCCCAGCCCCUACGGGAACCAGGCGCCAUCAGCGGAGGUGGAGAUGACGGCUUACGUGCUCCUGGCCUAUCUCUCCCUUCCCAACGUGUCUGCUGCCGACAUGGCGACCGCCGCCCAGAUCGUCCGCUGGCUCAGCAAGCAGCAGAACCCCUACGGGGGCUUCGCCUCGACGCAGGACACGGUGGUGGCCCUGCAGGCCCUGGCCAAAUACGCAGCCCUGACAUACAGCACGAGCGGGGCUGUGUCGGUGACAGUGAGCUCCCAGCCCAGAGCAGGCAGAGGGCAUUAG